AUGGCGCAGCCCUCAAGCCCCGGCGGCGAGGGGCCGCAGCUCGGCGCGGAAGGGGGCCCGCGCGACGCGCUGAGCCUGGAGGAGAUCCUGCGGCUCUACAACCAGCCCAUCAACGAGGAGCAGGCGUGGGCCGUGUGCUUCCAGUGCUGCGGCUCCCUGCGCGCCGCCGCCCGCCGCCAGCCCCACCGCCGCGUGCGCUCGGCCGCGCAGAUCCGCGUCUGGAAGGACGGCGCCGUCACCCUGGCGCCCGCCGCCGGCGAGGAGGGAGAGCCGCCCCCCGCCUCCGGUAAACUGGGAUAUUCACAUUGUACAGAAACAGAGGUUAUUGAGUCCCUGGGAAUUAUUAUUUAUAAAGCAUUGGACUAUGGCUUGAAGGAAAAUGAAGAAAGGGAGCUGAGCCCUCCUCUAGAGCAACUCAUCGACCAAAUGGCCAAUACUGUGGAGGCUGAUGGUAGCCAUGAUGAAGGGUACGAGGCUGCAGACGAAGGCCCAGAAGAUGAAGAUGGAGAGAAGAGAAGCAUCUCAGCCAUUCGGUCCUAUCAAGAUGUCAUGAAGAUAUGUGCUGCUCAUCUCCCAACUGAGUCGGAGGCACCAAAUCAUUAUCAGGCAGUAUGUCGAGCACUGUUUGCAGAAACCAUGGAACUGCAUACAUUUCUGACCAAAAUUAAGAGUGCGAAGGAGAACCUUAAGAAGAUUCAAGAAAUGGAAAAGAGUGAUGAAUCUAGCACAGAUCUGGAGGACCUGAAAAAUGCGGACUGGGCACGAUUCUGGGUACAAGUGAUGAGGGAUUUGCGAAAUGGGGUAAAACUUAAGAAAGUCCAACAGCGGCAGUACAACCCGUUGCCCAUUGAAUACCAGCUCACCCCUUAUGAGAUGCUCAUGGAUGACAUACGGUGCAAAAGAUACACCUUAAGAAAAGUAAUGGUAAAUGGUGACAUUCCCCCUCGGUUAAGAAAGAGCGCUCAUGAGAUCAUCCUUGACUUCAUCAGAUCAAGGCCCCCUUUAAAUCCAGCUUCAGCCAGAAAACUGAAACCCACCCCACCAAGGCCACGGAGCCUCCAUGAAAGAAUAUUAGAAGAAAUUAAAGCAGAAAGAAAGCUGCGGCCUGUCUCACCAGAAGAAAUUAGACGGAGCAGACUAGAUGUCACUACCCCAGAGUCUCCAAAUAAUGUUGGGGAAUCAUCUAUGGUGAAUGGACGCUUAACAUCUCAAACAAAAGAUGAUGGGCUGAGCACUCCCCAGCAGGGGUCUGCACAGCGCAAGAGACUCCUUAAAGCCCCAACCCUGGCUGAGCUGGACAGCUCUGACUCGGAGGAGGAAACUCUGCACAAGUCAACCAGCAGCAGCAGUGCAUCUCCCUCCCUCUAUGAGGAUCCAGUUCUGGAGGCCAUGUGCUCCAGGAAGAAGCCUCCAAAAUUCUUGCCUAUCUCGUCAACACCCCAGCCAGAGAGAAGGCAACCACCACAGAGGCGCCACUCCAUUGAAAAGGAAACACCUACGAACGUGAGGCAGUUUCUGCCACCAUCCAGGCAGAGCUCACGUUCUCUUGUUCCUAGGAUAACCAGUGUAUGGCCAAGGACGCCUUUCCGACCACUUUUCUCUACCAUACAAACAGCUUCUCUGCUGAGCUCUCAUCCUUUUGAAGCAGCCAUGUUUGGGGUAGCAGGGGCUAUGUAUUAUCUGUUUGAGAGAGCUUUUACCAGCAGGUGGAAACCCUCAAAGGAGGAAUUCUGCUACCCAGUGGAAUGCCUCGCUCUCACUGUGGAGGAAGUGAUGCACAUUCGUCAGGUCCUGGUGAAAGCAGAGCUGGAAAAGUACCAACAGUAUAAGGACGUCUACACUGCCCUGAAAAAAGGAAAGCUCUGCUUCUGUUGCCGAACCCGGAGGUUUUCCUUCUUCACCUGGUCUUACACCUGUCAGUUCUGUAAGAGGCCCGUGUGCUCACAGUGUUGCAAAAAGAUGCGGCUGCCUUCCAAGCCAUAUUCCACUCUACCUAUCUUCUCGUUGGGACCUUCUGCCUUGCAAAGGGGGGAAAGUUGUUCAAGGUCAGAAAAACCUACCACUGGUCACCAUCGGCCGCUUCGAAGUAUCGCCAGGUUCUCUUCAAAAUCAAAGUCUGUGGACAAAUCUGAUGAAGAACUCCAGUUUCCCAAAGAGUUCAUGGAGGACUGGAGCACAAUGGAGGUGUGUGUAGACUGCAAAAAGUUCAUUUCAGAGAUCAUCAGCUCAAGCCGGCGCAGCCUGCUGUUGGCCAACAAAAGAGCCAGGUUAAAAAGGAAGACACAAUCCUUCUACAUGUCCUCGGCGGCGGGCCCCUCGGAGUACUGCCCUUCAGAGCGGACUAUCAACGAGAUCUGAGCCCUGGUCCUUCCCGCUCUUCUGUGUGCAGAGACGGGCAGUGCAACAGUCCUGCAGACUCUUCCCAGGGGUUUUCCUUCACAGGCUCCGUCUGCAGCAGGUCAGGCUUGGGCUGUACCUGAGACCCAGACUCAAGGCUGUGUUCGUAUCAGCUGAUGGUAUGAGGCAGGUCAGCUACUUGUUCAUUUGCACUCAGAAAGCCUAAAACUUGAUUUUGUGUAUGUGAGUAAGGAAGCCAGAAACUUCCUUAGUUCGGUUCCUCAAUGUUCUUUGGAUAAUUUCCUGACUAAGGCAAAAAGCUUAUGUGUGAAGUCAGUCUGACUGAGUGUUGAUGUUAGCACACUUGUAAGCAGUAAGUCAUAUUGGCAUUCCACUUGACAGUGUUCCUAUCUCAUGUACAUAAUGUCCAAAGCCCUGCCACACAUCGGCUCCCUGGGGGUGGGCCAGGUUGACUGUCAUCUCACAGCACAAAUCUUGAAGGCCUUGCUGAUAAUUCUCUUUGGGGCUCUGGCUGCAUCCAGUGCAGAACAAUCAAGUUAAGCUGUACACCGCACGGGUGGCCAUUUUUCUGAGCUCAGGGUCUGCCCAGGCCCAGGCCUCAGUGUUUCCUGAGCUGCUACCAGGCCUUCAUUCCUUAUUGUGAAUGUAUUAUGGUUUUGAAUAGUUUUAUAAUACAUGUCUAAGAAUUAAGAUUUUGUGGAAGUCUGAGGAAAAGGGAAGAUUAAAAUUUUGUCAAGCAGUUGAGCAGGUUUUGGUUAACUGAUUGGAAGCUGUAACAGCAGGGGUGCCAGCUCAUACGUUUUCACCUACAUUUUCCAUAACUUUAUAGUGUGGCCAUCGUGACUAAAUUAACCACAGUUUGGUAUCUGAGUCUCAAACUGAAGUUUAUUUUUAUAAAUGAAUUUUAAAAGAAAAA